GGGUUUUUUUUUUAUCUCGGUUUCGUAAUGAAGAAAUUUUCUUUUGAGACAGUAACACUUGUUCUGUUAACAAUCUCAGGAUAUGCAGUAGCGCAAAAUGUCCAAGCUAGAUACGAUGCAUCCUGCGGCUACUUGGCAAACAAAAUACACUGCUUUGGGGGUGCUACCAGUAUCGAAGUCAAAAAAUCCGAUACUAGCAUGAUUACACUAGACAUCUUAAACCUGAGCCAAAGCACAGCAGACGAGUUAAAAACCAAAUGGACAUACGUCACCACAGAUACUCGUGGUGCAGAUGUUCGACCAAGAGACGGUCCUCAAAGUGUAUUACUACCUGAUGGAGAAACUAUGAUAAUAAGCGGCGGGUUUACACCUGGAAACAACAAGUUGAAUAGUCAGGCAAUCUCUUUCAAUGCAAAAUCUAUGUCUUGGGCAGAGUAUGGGAAUUACAAUGAAGUCCCGUAUGGUGUUCGACAAAUCUAUCAUGCACCUUCUACAUAUGUUCCAGAUCAUGGAAUUGCCUUCUAUGGAGGUCUAGAAACUAACUACAAUAAGAGUUUUUCUAUUCCUGGUGUAAAUGUAACUGCAUAUCAAGAUGAUAAAAGUGACAUAAGAAACUUUGGGUAUCUAAGUCUGACUUUUUUGGAUAUCAGAAAUCCAUCCAAUCCAUGGUCAGUUUAUCCCAGCCAAAAGAAUACACCAACUUAUUUAGGAAGGUAUCAAACAUCCGUAUUUGAUGCCAAAAGCAACCGUAUAUUUUAUUUUGGCGGUAAAUACCAAGACCCUCCAUCUCUUAUUGUCAUCUACUAUACGUUUAAAAACUCAGUCACGUUUGAUAUGACAAAAGGUGAAUGGGGUUCGCAAGAUUUUAAUGGAGUAGGUCCUACUACAAGAACUGGUCAUUCGACCACAUUGAUUGGGCCCGAUAAACGAGAUAUAUUGGUGUAUGGCGGACAUAGUGAAGCAAAUAAUUUUUUACCUAAUCUCGAUUAUUGUUUCACAUUGAAUCUUGAUUCAUAUCAGUGGACGCAACAAUCACUACAAGGACCAGACAAUCCAAUUUUGAUUCGAACACAACACUCAGCUGUUCCUGUAAACAACGAUACGGUGUUUAUUGUUUUUGGAAAAGAUCCUAUCAAUGUGCCUACACUCUCGUUGUUAAUUCUCAAUGUAUCAGAUACAUCCAGAAUUACUUUACUUAAUAGCUUUGUCGAUCCCAAUGUACCAGCUGUUGACCCAACGACUAAAUUACCUUAUUCAGAAAAUCAUACUCUCAGCAAGGAAGCUAUUAUUGGUGUCGGUGUUGGCUCAGCCCUAGGUGGUAUCAUUAUCAGUUUUUUGAUCUUCUUUUUGAUUAAAAAAAGAAAGAUCAAAAGAGAUGCGGUUGGACAGAAUGAAGAACCCUCAGAUAUGGAAGUCGAUUGGGACAAAAUUGAAACAAAAUAUGUUCCUGCUCCUACCAAACCUUUUGGUUAUACUACUGAAGCAUCAGAAAAUAACUCCACAAUGAUCGACCGUAGUACAAUGCUUUUUCAGGGGACUGCACAAACAAACAAUAAACUGCAAAGGCCCAAUGUGUUUGAUGGAGAUUGGCUUACUGACACAAGUGAUAUAAGGUUACUACAGAAGCCUGAUGGAAGAAUUACAUAACUUACUCUUAGAAUUCACCCAAAAACAUAAUUUAGUACUUUUGGGUUAAUAAAUAAAACCCUAGCUAUUGUGCCGUAUUUCUUAAUUGACAUGUUCCUUUUAUUCAGGAAUAUUAUCCUAUUCGGAAGCUGCGAAAAAGAAAAGAAAGAUAAGAAGGGCCGUUCAGAUUCGAC